AUGGUUAAAGUAGCGAUCGCUGGCGGAUCAGGGAGUAUUGGGCUGAACAUCAUCCAAGCCAUCCUAAACGGCCGCAAACAUACCCCCAUCGUCCUCUCCCGCUCUUCCAAACCAAUUCCAGACAAUCCACACGUCGAAGUCCGUGUAGUCGACUACUCGAACCACUCUACCCUCGUAUCCGCCCUUCAAGACAUACACACCGUCAUCGUCACGCUAGUUAGUCCCGAUCUGAAGGAGAUCGUAGCGAGUCAGAUUGCACUUCUCGAAGCUGCGAAAGAGGCGGGCGUGAAGAGGUUUGCCCCGUCGGGGUGGGCGGCGAUGAAUAAUAGCGGAUUGAUGCUGUAUCACCCAAAGCUGGAGGUCUGGGAUGCUGCGAAGAAGUCCGGGCUUGAAGUGACGCGGUUCGUUCCCGGCAUCUUCAUCAACCUCUUCGCCGGAGGCUCCAACCUCCCCUCCCAAAAAGACGCCCUCGCCCAUUUCGCCCCCGGAAACGUCUUCAUCGACGCCCGCGCCGGAACAGCCGACAUCCCCGGAGAUGGCACUACCAAAGUCACAUUCACCUCCGCGCAGGAUACGGCGCAAUUCGUCGCUGAGAGUCUGGAUCUGGAGAAGUGGGACGAGGUGAGCGGGAUUGUGGGGGAGACGACAACGUUUGAGGAGGUGGUGGAUGUUGUGGAUAGGGUUACGGGGAAGAAGAUGGUUAGGACGUAUGUGAUGCAGGGGGGUGGGGAGAGGGCUGAGAAGUUGUUGGAGAAUAAGUAUCUUGAAGGGGUCACCAAGUCGAUUGCAGCUGGCGAUUUCGCAGUCGAACCUACGCUGAAUCAGAAGCUACCUCAGAUUCGGCCGUGCACUGUCGAAGGGUAUCUUCGCAAAUAUUGGGAAGGUACGGAUUGGUCGACGCCGGCCGCUGCUACUACAGAGAAAUAUCUCAGUCACCUCCGGGAAGGUGAAAAUCGCUCGGGUGUUGCGUCAACAUGAC